AUGGCUUACCUGCAUGUCACAUAUAAAAAUAGCUUCACUAAGUGUGAGAAGCUGAGAUGUCAAGUAACAGCUGCUGUAACAGAAGAAGAUAAACUGAUGGCCUCAGACGCAUUUAAAUAUCAGAUUGAAGUUUCUCAAGUUAAAUUUUUCAAAUGCCAUGAGGAUUCACCAAUAAUCAAAUGUAACGUAUGUUCCACAUUACGAGCUGGUGAACACAUGAUAUACAGAGAAAGCGUCCAGGCUGUACGGAGUGAAUUGGAAGAAUAUGGACAUCGCCCAGUAGGUCGACAGUCAUCGUCAACUUCUUUGUACAACGUGCACUACACCUUCGACUUUGCCCAGCAGCUCACCAUUCCACACCAUGCUAGACAAGAGGGUCAGCUUUAUUUCACCUCACCUAGAAAGGUUCAGCUCUUUGGGGUGUGUAUGGAAGGGGGCAAAAAGCAGUAUAACUAUCUCUUUGACGAGGACCAGAUGAUUGGAGUGGAUGGUACAAAGGCACACGGUCUUAACACAGUAAUCACGCUUUUGCACCAUACAUUACAAAACUAUGGGUGUGGAUAGAUGUCUCGUAAAAUCCACUGCGAUAACU